AUGGGUGUCCCUAAAUUCUUUCGCUGGCUCAGCGAGAGGUAUCCUGCUAUCUCGACGCUGAUUGCAGAGAGCCGGAUACCCGAGUUCGACAGCCUGUACCUCGACAUGAAUGGUAUCAUCCACAACUGUACACACAGCGACAGCGAUUCUCCGACGUUUCGCAUGACGGAAGACCAGAUGUUCAUCGCUAUAUUCAAUUACAUUGAGCAUUUAUUUGGCAAGAUCAAGCCCAAGAAAUUGUUCUAUAUGGCAGUGGACGGUGUCGCACCCCGCGCCAAGAUGAAUCAACAGCGUGCCCGUCGCUUCCGCACUGCCCUAGAUGCGGAGAAAGCAAAGGAAAAGGCAAUUGAGCAAGGCAUGGAGAUGCCAAAGGAGGAUGCAUUUGACAGCAACUGCAUCACCCCGGGUACCGCAUUCAUGCAGAAGUUGACUCAACAACUCAAAUACUUCAUCAACAAGAAGAUUUCAGAGGAUACAGACUGGCAAGGUGUGGAAAUCGUGCUGUCUGGUCAUGAAGUCCCCGGUGAAGGCGAACAUAAGAUCAUGGAAUACAUCCGAUGCUCGAAAGCGCAACCCGGUUAUGAAUCCAACGUUCGCCAUUGUCUCUACGGCUUGGAUGCAGACCUGAUCAUGCUGGGUCUGCUCAGUCAUGACCCUCACUUCUGUCUUCUUCGAGAGGAAGUGACCUUUGGUCGCCAGGUUUCCAAGAAGCCCAAGGAACUUGAACACCAGAACUUCUAUCUUUUGCAUCUGAGCAUAGUCCGGGAGUACCUGGAACUCGAGUUCCAAGAAUUGGAACAAGAUGGCGCCCUUGACUUCCCAUUCGACAUGGAGCGUGUUAUUGACGACUUCAUUCUCAUGGCAUUCUUCGUCGGAAAUGAUUUCUUACCGAAUCUGCCAAAUUUGCACAUUAACGAGGGUGCUCUUGCCCUCAUGUUCAAGCUUUAUAAGGAGGUUCUCCCAAAGAUGGGCGGCUACAUCAACGAUCAGGGAGUGAUCAAUGUGCAACGCCUAGGAAUGCUUGUGAGCGCACUAAGCUCCGUCGAAUAUAGAUUCUUUGAAGCGGAGAACUCCGAUGCCCAAUGGCUCAAGUCGAAGAAAAACGGGGAUGUUGACGCCGUGGACCCCCGACAAAAGCCCCAAAAGCUCACAAUCACACCGUCUCAAAAGGACAUUCUGAAGACAAUCAAGAAGUACGUUCUCAACCGGACCGAAAGUGUCUCCUCGCCACUGGAUCUACCCCCCACACUUCCAGCUCGCGACCGAAGUUUUGUUGAGCAGCUCGCGGAUGAGCUCCGACUUCCUUGGUCUUCGGUCGAUAAUGACGAUGGAGAUCGCUUCAUGCGACUCCAGCUGCCUCAGCCACACAAGGAUGAUAAUGAUGACGACGAAGACGACGAAGAGGACGAGGAAGCCUCAAUGGCAGUUCAGCGUAUCAUUCGAAAGUACGAGAAGGCCACUGUCCAGGAAAUGACCGCAGAAGAAUCGCAGAAAGCGGCGCAGGAGAAAUACGACGCUGAAUUCUUGGCUUGGAAGAAUAAAUAUUAUCAGACUAAGUUUGGAUGGGGUCUCGAGAACAAGGAGGAGAUGAAAAAGCUUGCCCAGAACUAUGUGCAGGGACUGCAGUGGGUCUUGUUCUAUUACUAUCGUGGCAUCGCAUCGUGGCCCUGGUUCUUCCAAUACCACUACGCCCCUAUGAUUUCUGAUGUAAACGCCGGACUCGGCGCAGAUAUGGAUUUCAAGUUGGGACAGCCAUUCCGACCUUAUGACCAGCUGAUGGGUGUUUUGCCUGACCGCAGUAAGAAGAUUGUUCCUACCGCCUACUGGGACCUGAUGACGUCGCCCGAUUCUCCCAUCUAUGACUUCUACCCCCGGGACUUCGACCUUGACAUGAACGGCAAGAAGAUGGAGUGGGAAGCCGUGGUCAAGAUUCCCUUCAUUGACGAGAAGCGGCUUUUGUCCGCUUUGAAGACCAAGGAACACUUGCUUUCGCCGGACGAGAAAGCAAGAAAUGACUUUGGCGCUUGCUUGAAAUUUACAUACUCAUCAGACGUCAACUACGUUUACCCCUCUUCGAUGCCUGGCGUGUUCCCCGACCUUCCAAAUUGCCACUGCAUUGAAAACAUCUUUGAACUCCCCGCGAUGGAUGGAUUGGUGCCCUAUGCCGGUUUGAUGGAAGGUGUGCACCUGGGCGAUGCGGCAUUGGCUGGCUUCCCUAGCAUCAAGACACUGCCCAGUCACGGCCAACUCGGCUUCCAUGGUGUUUGUGUCUUCCAACAGGACAGCCGCAAUGAAAGCCAGGUUGUUACACUACUGGACCCGGGAAGCCGCUCGAGCGUCGAAAUGGCCAAGAAAAAGCUUGGACAACGUGUCCAUGUUGGCUUCCCAUUCUUGCAGGAAGCUCUUGUCAUUCGCGUCUCCGACGAACUAUUCGACUACAUUCUCCCCCCAGGAGAAACACAUCCCGUUUCAAUCCCUCAUACCCCUCAACAAAUUGAGCAGUGGAAAAAGAAGGCAGUCAAGAUUGAAAACACCUACAGCAAGCGUCUAGCAACGAUCAUCGGCGAGGUUGAGGCAUUAGUACACAUCCAACCCCUCAAGGGUAUGAUCAAGACCGACGACGGUGCCACAAUCAAGGACUUUGCCGAUAUUCCAGGCCAGGAGACAGAUUACGCUCUCCAGGUUAUCGUUGAUGAGGUGAAAAAUCCCGAUCAACGUUUCAUCGAACGAGCUGCUGUUCCCAUUGAAGAAGAUUUCCCCGAGGGCUCUCGUGCUUUCUUCCUGGGUGACUUCAACUAUGGAAGACCUGUCCAUGUUGGUGGACAUGAGGAUGGAAAGGUCAAUGGAUUGAUCGCGGCUGUCAAAGGACGAGAGCCCGAGUUCGGCCGGGAUCGCGUGAAGGCGGCAGAGCAACUUUGCCCUUACAUGCCUUCUUACGCCGUUGCACGCAGCCUCCGCCUCAAUGCCCUGGUAUUGGCUAAAAUCACCUCUUCUUUCACCGUUGAUAUUGAGGGCACACGCGCAAACCUCGGCCUCAACCUAAAGUUCCAAGCCAAGCAACAGAAGGUUCUCGGUUACUCUCGCCGAGGAGAGUCUGGUUGGGAGUUCAGCCAAAAGGCAGUUGAACUGAUUCAACAGUACAUGAUCAACUUCCCUGAGUUCAUCGCUGGUAUCCAGCGCAACCCUCAAAGUGAUCGUUACUCCCCAACUGAUUUCUACCCGGAGGAGAUCGCCUCUUUGAAGAUGAAGGAGAUCAAGGAUUGGCUCAAGUCCAUUGAAGCCAAGAACUUCGAAAGAGUUCCCCUCGACGCCGAGCAGCUUGACUCGGAUAUUGUGAUGCUGAUCGAGCAGGAUGCUGAUCGAUUCAACCUAUCUCAGCCACAAAUGCAACCAAAGAAGGUACGGGGCGUGCCCCGAGGUGCUCUGCUUCGACCUGCGGACGUUGAGCACCGCCUUGGAAGCCAAACCUUCAAGCUCGGCGACCGGGUCGUGUACGCGCAAGAUUCCGGUAAAGUGCCAAUCGCUACCCGUGGUACUGUGGUCGGCCUCACCAGAACCCCUCGAACCAUGCUCCUGGAUGUUGUCUUCGAUUCAUCAUUCAUGAGUGGUACUACGCUCGGUGGCCGAUGCUCGCCAUUCCGCGGCCAGACUGUUCCCGCCAUCUCCGUUCUCAACAUCUCCCACCGUCAGCUUAUCGCCAGCUCUCGUGCCGCGAAUGAUCAACAGGCCCAGCAGGCCCCUCUUCCCCUGACAGUUGCCGGGUACGGUGCACCCCUGGGCCCCGGUAGCCAGGGCCAACUCAGAAAUGCCGAUGCCCCCGCUCCCCUGACGGGCUCUUUCAGAGGCGCAGUCUCUGGCCAAGGUUCUGGUGCCGGUCGUGGCGGCCGCGGUGGUUAUAACAACGGCCAGCAAACCACUCUCCCCUUCCGUCCCCACUCCAACGGUGGGCCUCCGCGCGGCCCCCGCGCGCGUGGAAAUGGCCGUGGUGGCGCUCGUGGUGGCUACGUUUCUGUGGAGCAAGGAGACCCGAGCGAGGGCGUCAUUCAAAACAACCCGAACUUCCGCCCCCAGAACUACACGCAGGUCCCGCCUCCACAGGGACUGGACCGGGGGCGCGGUCGGGGGCGCGGUCGCGGAAACGGAGGUCGAGGUGGCCGCGGCGGCCGCGGCCGCGGUGGGCCUCAAGCAACUGCAGAAUAA